AUGAAAUCUUUUCCUGUUAUGGCAUACCAUUUACCUUUCUUACCCUUAACAUGUAUAUGUCCUAACCUGUUGGCCUCUCCUGACAGUGUUGGACUUGCCAUUUGUUAUCAGGAUCCCAUUCACUUUUGGCCACAGGCAGCACCUUUGCACAUCACUCAGUCUGCUGCUGGAGGUAGAGUCACGGAACUGAGAGUCUCAGCAAAUGAUUCACGUGUAAUGCAGUUUGUCCUGCUGGGCCUCACAGAUUCCCCAGCCCUACAGCCCAUCCUAUUUGUCAUCUUCCUUCGUCCUUAUGGAGCUACUGUAAGGGGCAAUUUCAUCAUCCUUGCUGCCAUCCUCACUGAGCCCAAACUCCACACCCCCAUGUACUCCUUCCUGGGGAACCUGUCCCUGCUGGAUGUUGGGUACAUCACGGUCACAGUUCCUGCUCUGUUGAGGCAAUUCCUGUGCAAGGAGAGGAGCAUCCCCUACAGAGCCUGCCUGUCACAGCUCUUCUUCUUCCACCUGCUGGCUGGGGCAGACUGCUUCCUGCUGACUGUCAUGGCCUAUGACUGCUACCUGGCCAUCUGCCAGCCCCUUACCUACAGCACCCGCAUGAGCUGGAGGAUCCAGAAAGCCUCAGUGGUCUUCUCAUGUGUCUUUACCCUCAGCAAUGCAAUUACACAUAGUGCUGCUUUGUCUGGCCUGAAAUUUUGUGGCUCCAAUGUGAUCAAUCACUUCUACUGUGACCUCCCUCAGCUCUUCCAGCUCUCCUGUUCCAGCACACAGCUAAAUGAACAGUUGCUUUAUGUAGCAGCAGUCUUUGUGGGUGUGUUCCCAUUUGUCCUCAUCACACUGUCCUAUGCCCAUGUGGUGGCUGCAGUCUUGAGAAUCCCCUCUGCUGGGGGCCGGAAGAAGGCCUUCUCCACAUGUGGCUCCCACCUCACUGUGGUGAGCAUCUUCUAUGGGACAGGCUUCUUUAACUACACGAGGCUGAGCUCAAUGGACGCUUCAGACAAGCACAAGGGCAUUGACAUCUUCAACUCUGUCAUCAGCCCCAUGCUGAACCCACUCAUCUACAGCGUGAGGAACCCUGAUGUGCAGGGCGCCUUGAAGACGAUACUCAUAGGGAAGUAG